AUGGACCUUACGAGGGAGACCGCCUCGGGGAAGGGCGAUGGUGGAGGGAUGAGCAAGACACCUCAAGGUGGGCGCGCCGGGGGCACCGCCACUCUCCCGCUGGCUGCCCUGGAGUGCGCCGUAUGCCUGUUUUUGGUGUGCGAGCCCGUGAGCCUCAGCUGCGGGCACUCCUUUUGCAGGGUCUGCCUCGUCAACACCCUACGCCGGAACAAGAAGAAGUGCCCCACGUGUCGAGCGGUGUGUCACAACAGUGCGGAAGAUCAGCCGGAGGACGUGAUGCUCGCCAACAUCGCCCGAACCUGCUUCCCUGAGCUCGCGGCGGCCCGGCUGAAGGAGGUGGAGGCGGAGCGGGAGAAGUUCAUGACCGUGCUGCCCGUCUUUUAUUACAACGUGCCCAUGUUUCCUGGAGAGAGCCUGCAGCUGCACCUGUUCGAGCCGCGCUACAAGCUCAUGAUGAAGAGAGUCGUCAACACCUCGCGGAGGUCGACUGCGAGUUCCUGA